AUGAUUCACUCUUCAGUAAACGAUGCAGGGCUGGCGCUGGAGGCGGAGCAGAAGCGGCCCGAGGACCGGUCCAGCGAGGAGAAGAUCGCGCUGCUGGGCAGGCCCAAGCUCGGCGAGAUGACGCGCGCGCAGAUCCGCGUCAAGGAGAGCAAGGAGUUCAAGAGGAGAGUUGCGUUCAACAGUCUUCGAGAAACCGACGAGGACGAUGACGAUGAUCAUGAUCAUGACUAUGACGAUGAUCAUGAUCAUGACUAUGACGAUGAUGACGAUGAUCAUGACUAUGACGAUGACGAUGAUCAUGAUCAUGACUAUGACGAUGACGAUGAUCAUGAUCAUGACUAUGACGAUGACGAUGACCAUGAUCAUUACGAUGACGAUGACGAUGAUGAUGAUGAUGACUAUGACGAUGAUGACUAUGACGAUGAUGAUGACGACGACGGCGAUGACGUUGAUAACGAUUACGACGACGACGAUGAUGACGACGGUGGCUUCGGGGAGUGCAGUGGGCGUCUCAUGUUGCAGAACACCGUGGACAAGCUGGUGCAGCGCGCAAACGCCUCCAUCCUCAUCGGCACGUCGUCGUGGAAGGAGCAGUUCGUCGAGGCCCUCACCGUGAGCGCAGUGCCAACGAGUUCCUUGUUGCGACUGCAACGCCAUCUAGGAGGGCUGUGUCUCACUGUGGCGCGUUGCGUGCUCCGCGUCUUUUCCUGCGGCGCAGAUAUGCUCAAGGGCUACGUGACGUUCGUGGUGUCGAUCUUCGGCAUCGGCUGCGUGACCGCCAUCAUCGGCGACGUGGCAUCGCACUUCGGCUGCACGCUCAUCAUCGAGGACAGCGUGACUGCCAUCAUUUUCGUGGCGCUGGGCACCAGCGUGCCAGAUAUGUUAGACGGCUAUGUGUGUUUCGUUGUGUCCAUAAUGGGGGUCGGGGCUCUCACGGCCAUCAUCGGCGACGUGGCUUCGCACUUCGGUUGCACGGUCGGUCUGCACGACGCCGUCACGGCCGUGGCCUUCGUCGCGCUCGGCACCAGUGUGCCAGACACCUUCGCCAGCAAAGUGGCCGCCAUUCAGGACAAGUACGCGGACGCCUCGGUGGGCAACGUCACCGGCAGCAACGCCGUCAACGUGUUCCUGGGCAUCGGACUCGCUUGGUCCCUGGCCGCCAUCUACCACGCCAUCCGCGGCACCACUUUCUACGUGAAGCCGGGCAACAUGGCCUUCUCUGUGACAAUAUUCUGCACAGAAGCUUUUGUAGCCAUCAUUGUUCUUGUACUCAGAAGAUCAAAAAUUGUGGGAGGUGAACUUGGGGGCCCAAGACUCAUUAAGUACUUCACAAGUUUGUUCUUUUUUUGUUUGUGGUUAACGUAUGUAAUCCUGUCCAGUUUAGAAGUGUACCAUGUGAUUCAAGGCUUCUAAAGAAGUACACAUGGUAGUGUCUAAAUAAUGGACUCAGGAAGUGGGAUGAGAUAUUUUACUGUUUGGAUACAACGAAUGUUAUGGAAGAGAAACCAGACGUUUUGUUUUGGUCUUGAGCGAGAAAGUGAUAGAGAGAACCGCCUUGGAGGUUUCCUGGGUGGAAUAGUGAGCUAAGCUGAAAAGCUGAAGGGAUGCACGUCUGAAGGCUCUGAAGAGAAGUCCAGAACUAUUGAUACCGAAUGGUAGGCAAGUUACCACGUAAAAAGAAAGAAUUACUUCAGAUUGAAGACACAAACAUUUGUUGUUGUUCCCUGAUAAUGCCCAGGUUAGAGGAGUGCAUUGUGAUGGGUGAGUUGAUUUAUGCUUUUGGUUGUGCCAUUGCAAAAGAAUCCAUUUGAUUCAAUGAUAGGGAUAAAUUGUGUUUUUAUCACAAUACCAGGGGAAGCAAGGAAGGGGAUACAGUUCAGUGCUACGUACGGUACUUCAAUAGCAUGCUUUAUUUAGAAGGCACCUGACCAUAUCCAGAAGUGACCAAUGUUGUUUAGCUCUCAGGAGGAGUUCAAAAGUAUAUAUACAAGCAAAGUAUAUGUAUGUUAUUUCUCUCAGCCUGAUGUUAGAUUUGUUUCUGAACACAGUUAUGAAUAGAGCUUUUUAUAAAUUAUGGAAAUUCCAGCAGGUCUGUAUUCCGAGGGGAAGAAACAUAAAACUCAACCACUAUAGUUCAGAGAGACAUGCCAGCCAAAUUCAGCAACAACAAGGAGAAAAAGUAGCACACUUAGGCAGACAGCCAAGAAAAGUGGCCUUACAAGAUGUGCCUAUUUUAACAUUACACUUAAAUAACAUUCUAGACAGUAAGAUAAAAAUAUAAAAUUAAAUACAAAUCUUAAAUUGUAUUAGUAAAUUUAAACAGAAAUACCUUGUGUGACAUAAUUACAAAUUGUAAUUCUGGAUAGUAUCUGGCCACCUCUCUGACUAUUGUGGUUGAGAUUAAAAUACUAUUUGCAACCUAUUAUUGCCUUUAUCCAGAUUUAUAUUUUUAAGAAAUUAUUGAAGUGUACAGUUGAUUUUGAAUGAUAUUAUAUAGUGCAAUAAGGUCUGCUUCUUGUGACAACUUAUCUGAAAAAUCGUUUGUAAAGACAUUAGAAAACAUGAGAAUAUGUUGCACAAGUAUGAUUUCUACCUUUUGUUAUUUAAUUUCUUUUUCAUACUAGAAAUGUCUUCAACAUAUCGGAAAGUUAAAGAAAAUUAGUUAUAAACAUUUAUAAAAUAUUUCAUUUCACAAUUACCAUUUUAUCAUCAGUGAUUCAUAUUUCAUUUUCAUAUGAUCAUUGCUAUAUGUUGUUAUUUAUAAUGUCAAAAUCCAUCCAUUUUGUGUAGACACCUUAUGGGAAGGAAAAUUGUUGAAAUUAAACUCAUUUCGAUCUACAUACUAUUUGUAGUCACUUUUCUUACUAAUUUUCUUGUUUCUCAUAGUUACUGCAAUGUAUUUAUGGUUUAGAGCUGUGUGCAUUCGCUUUGGAUUGGGCUGACCUCUGUGACCCACCCCAAAUGCAUGCAACCCAUUAAAAACAUGUGCUUCCAUGCGCUCAGUGGCAUGUUACAUGUGUGCAUGCCAGUGUGUUCACAUGUGCUAGGAGAAACUUACAAUGUGUGUGUAUACAUGAGUGAAAGACACUGAUGAGAGAUUAGUCUUAAAUGGUAAGUGUGAAUUCAUGAUGCAUGUUUCAACCCAGCCAAUUUAGUUAUCUCAUAUUCCUUUGUACAGAUUAGGUAGAUAAGUGAAUGUAUAAAGAAAUCCAUCAUGAUGGAUCCAAUUCUAGUGAUUACUUUGUUAUUUGAGAAUGACUGUCAUUCAUCACAUUGAUUAAGUUUGUGACUGGAAAUGUCAAUUUUAUUUUCCAUCUUUGACAGGUCUCAUCAGCAAACUAUUACAUAUUAUUUGGCCUAAUUUGUAUUGCUGUUAUCGUUGUUGACUUUGUAAAUUCUUGUAAACUGUUGUUAGAAACCUGUAUGAUUGUGUGUCUGAAGUAUCGCUUGAUGUGCUAAGCAUUUUGGUGAUACAUAACGCUUCGUGCGGCAUUUUUCAGUACAGCAGAGGCAUUAAAGUAGCAAACAUUUGGCUUAGCAUAAUAGUGCUACUUGUAUUUUAAUUUGCUGUUUCAUAAUAUUAAUAAAUGAAUGUUUCCAUUUCCUGCAACCAGAAACUCAUUGCUGGCUGCAUCUGAACCAAAAUUUGUUACAUGAUAAAAACACUAUAAAUAUACUUUUAUGGUUUAUCUUUGUCUUCAGUUGACUUCUCAAUCCUAUAUUCCCAUAUUUAUUCGUAGAUAUUUAUUUUCCACUAAAUUUAUUUUUCCUUCCUCUCUCCCCUUUUAAUAUUCUUUGUUUGGUUGCAUUAUGCUACUGCCUACUUAAUAUCACAUAGUGAUCUGUGGCUGUGCUAUUUUCAUAUUGUCAUUAGCAUUAAUUUAUUUAUGUUCCAUCAGGGCAAGUUACCUUACAUUAGCAGGCUUGUCUUGUUCUUAAGUACCUAUAAUAAAUUAAGAUAUAAGUAUUUGUAGACAUUUACACGGUCUUUCCAAUUCCUUUGUUUUACUCAAAAUCUCAUCAAGGAAAUUUGCUCAAUGUUGAAACAAAGGUAGUACAGGAUUUUGAAUCAACUGGUUCCAUGUGUUUAAUAUGCACAUCACAUUCAGUAAUUUCUAAUAUACACUUAUGUUUUUGUUGUUAAUAUAUGCAGUACCUGUUGGUGAAAAUGUGUGUAUGUAAAUGCCAACAUAAGAACUUACAAAACAAAUUUAUUUAAACAAUGCAAGCAACAUUCAACUUUCAAGUAAUUUAAACAUCAAUGAAUGUGAGCUAUAUUUAAUAACCCAGCUUCCUUGAUAAUUCUCCUGUGUUUAAUAUAAUGUCUGCAAUGCAUUAAAAAAUCAGACUUUCAAUGUGAAUAAUAAGUCAUUACAUAUGAUAUCUAUGUACUUGUUGGCUGUUAGAGUUUCUGUAUGCUUUGUGAUUACAUUGAUUUUUGUUGAUGAUAAAGUGUCAUCAUUUACCUUAUAUAUAUAACUCAAGACUGUCCUUCCAUAAAUUUCUUUUACAACAUAAAGUGUCUGUCAUACAUACACCUACUUAAUUUCAUUUUAUGCAGCAGCAUAUGCUUUAAUGGACAAAGCCAUUGAAUUCAUUUUGCAUGAGUAGACAGUUCUAUGGAGCUUAUUUUACAUGAAAAUCAUAUAAUGCUGAGCUUGCUAGCUAAACACUCCUACUUACAAAUUUCUGUUUUGAAUAGUUGUUGCAGCUGAUCUUACAAAUGAAUAUUAGAAAUAUACAUAUUUUUUAAAGCAUAGAAGUUACUGUGCAUUUUGAAGAGUAAUGUAAAUUGUAAAUGUAUAGCUUGACCAAAUGACGAAACAGUGAUAAUUAUGUACCAUAGUAGAUGAAAUGGGAAGCCUGUUGACUUAGUAUUUAUGAAGAACUUGUAUAAACUAUUUUACAUAUAAAUUAACUCUCAAUUUGUAAAUGACAAAUUGAAAAUGGAGAAAAAUAAGAAAACUAACUAAAUAGUUACAUUGACGAGUUUUUGCAUGCCACAUAAAAGGCAACUAACAAAUAUGCAUUCCAGAUUGAAAGGUAGGAAACUUAAAAGCAACUAUAUCCAGGUAUCAAUUACCUGUUAAUUAAGAUGUCCAUUUUUAAUUCUGUUUCAUCCAAGAUGUGAGGUCACUGGGCAAUCUCAUGCUGCAGCCGACAGCGAACCCCGAUGGAAUGAGUGCGUGCGAAGAAGGAUAUGAAUGACAAAUUCCAGGUUCUGCAAAGAGACAAUAUUUCUCAUUCUUAAAAUAAUUUUUCUCUUCUUCACCAAAAUAUCUUUACCCAUAUGUCUUUCUUCUUCCUUAUUCUUAUAAGCUUUCAAUAUCUUUGGGGGCAUCUAAAAGAAAAUAUUUUAAGAAACUAUUUCUACUGCUUUAUCUCUACUUGAAAAGUAUUGUACAUGCACAUAGGUGUGAACUAUUUGUUUUCUCGUGGACCAUAUAUGGGAGUCUGCACAAGGGACAUUAGAUCCAGAAAACUACCUCUUUUGAACCAACCCAAAGCUUAUAUGUAUUUUUGUGACUUUCCUUAAUUUAUUCCCAAAGGAUUAAAGCAGUGUUGUUUUAACUUUGAUCUUUGUUUGUUUCAAUGUUUGUUUGAGUGUGUAUGUAUACAAGGUAUAUACUAUGAAUGUGAGCGAUGAUUAUUUUUUCCAGAGAAAUUGUUUCCGGUUUGAUCAUUCUUUUUUAAAUAUUUGAAUUUUCAUACAUGUAUGCGUAUCAAGCACUGAAUAUCUGAGAUAAUAAAUCAUAAUAUCCUAGAGGAAAUAAAAUAUUUUAAUUUCAAAAUUAAUGAAUUCAAAAUUUGUGUGAAUUUGAAAAAAUCAAGAGAGAAUAUUAUUUGAUAUCUUUAAUUUGAUUAUUUAUUACAAGUGAUAAUUAAAUUAGUUGUUUAAAUUUUUUUGAUAAUCUUCUUUGUGUAUUAAACGAAUUAUCUCGGAUGCCCUACACAUUUUAUACAUUAGCUAUAUUUAUAUUCAAUGGUUUAUUUUUCAAUUGUGUCUAUUCUGUCUGUGUAUAAUGUCAUUUUCAUGUCUUAAAGUUGAAGCAGUUUUUCUUCAAAAAGCUGUUAACACAAAAUUAAUGUUUAAGUUGUUAAGGAUUGCAGAUGCCAAGAAAUGUGGCAUUCCAUAUAUAUAUUAAAGUAACUAGAAGAGAAAUUUUAAGUAGUUGAAGCAUUGAAUGCAAGACGAACUCUAAGCAACAAACCAAUUAAGUGCUUUCAGCUGUCUUUUGCAUGACAAUGACAUUUUCUGUGAACUUCAUUGAUACACUAAAUGAUCAAGAAGUUAAAUAGAGGCAUAAAAUAAAUAUAUACUUUCCUCCAUUAACCACUGACAAGUUUGAUGUAUUAAAAAUACCUAUCCUUAUUCAAACAUACUAUACACUUUCAACUUUUUACUAAAACUCUGCACUAUUUCUCGUACAUGUAACUUAAGCUUUUCCUAAACUGUUCUAUAUUGUAAAUAUUUUUUUAAAACUAAAAUCCACUUAAAAUCAUUUUAAGACUUACCUUAUGUGAUGUGGCAACUUGCCUAAGAACAUAAUAUCUUUGUGAUAUGGAUAUAAAUAGUAUUUGUAAGCACAAUGACAUGGCAAAGCAGUAUUUCCUGAGGCAUGUGGUAGUAUCAUUUGUUCGAGUAUACAAUUGUAGAUUCAAUGUAUUUUUUGUAAUUUGUUGUUGUACAUUAACAAUAUAUAUUACUUACUAUAACUCAGUCUUCAAACAUAACUUAGACAUAUAAAUCUCAUAAUUUGUUAAUAAGUCUAACAACUGAAAAUAUUAUUUUCACAUGUUACUCAAAAUUAGGCUGUCUAUGCAUUUGUCUCAGAUUAGAAAAUUAUUUUCCAAAGUACUAUUUGUAAUUAAGAAUUCACAAUUUUAAAACAAACCUAAUAACCUAAAGUGGGAAACAAUAUGAAAUAUACUGUGUUCAUAUUAAAGUAAGGAUGACAAAAGUAAUUCUUAAUCAAGUAAGAUACAAGGGUAGAAAUUGGAAACCAGUUUGAAACAAGGUCAUUUUAAUAUUGGUGAGAAUUUUCAAAUUCUGAAAAAAUGUAAAGUGUAAAUGAAAACAAUAAGUGAUUGUUUAAAGGACUCUUACUCGAAUGCUUACGCUAGAAUAAAAUUUCAAACGAUAUUCUUUGUGACACUGGAAUAUGGCAUAUAUUGAAUUAAUUGCCCAUAUUUAGCUCUUUUAUCAAUAGAAACUUCAGUAUAAAUGUAAGAAACAAGUUUGUGUCAUAGACUUUCCAUAAAUAGACAACUUGUUGGAAUAAGUUGAAAUCACUUCUUCAUAAUAUUUAUUAGUAUAAGAAACUUGAGAAGAGUAUGUAAUUUCUUCUUGUUGUGUUUCCCAUUUGUACUUUGUUUCAUCUUGUUUUGUUUUUUUUAUAAAAAUUAAAUAAAUUUGCAUACAUGAUUGUCAAUAAUUCUCUCAAAAAUGCGUUCAUUAUGUUUAUCAGAAACAAAAACUACAAAUAUUCAGUACUUCUAAAAAAAUGAAAACAAAUAUUCAUUAGAGAUUACUACAGAGAUUGAAAGUUGAAAUAAUCUCUCAUCUCUAAAACGCUUUUUUUUUUUGCAUUAACAACACUUUGACAUGUCAAUGUGGAGAUCCCCCCCACCACCACCCCCAUGACAUAUUAGUUCUAGUUUUAUGGAAUUUAAAAUAUGUCAGAUUUGAGAUAAAAAGUAAUUCAAAAUGUGAAAUUUGGUUUCCCUUUGUUUCAUAUGAUUCUAUUACCAUUAGUGACACUGCAAGGGGAGAUGCAUACCCACCUACCCAAUAUUUUUGGGUACACGGUAUAUUGGAGAAAACUCCCUAACCUUAACUAUUGAAUGCCCCCCCCCCCCCUUUCAUUUUCUUUAAUUAUCAGGAUGCCAUAGUGUUCAUUACACUAUGAACACAAAUGCUUUAAUAGAAUUUCUACUAAACUUUCAUUCCUCAGCUUCAAUACAUUCUUGUUAUUUCUAUUAGUACCUUUGGUAGCAUCUGUUUAAGCAAGUAGGACUUGCUAAAUGGAUUUUUGAAAUGGUCAUGGUUUUAGGGAGAGCGGUCUUGGCAGCUGCACAUUCAAUGACUGAACCUUCGUUAAUAAAAUUAUUUCUGAAUUUAUUCUGGAGUAUUUAGUGGAAUUCCAUUUAAAAUAUUCAGCUGCAUUGUAAUUAAUUUAUAAAUUGAACUAUAUCCUAUUUGGAACUAUAUGGGAAUAGAUUAUAUUUUAAACCCUAUGUGAACAAUGGACUGUACAGGAAUUGUAAGAAUAACAUUUAGAAAUGAUUAAUUUAUCUCUCAAAAACUUUUUACUAUUAAAGUUCUAGGUUUAUUCCAACAUUUUGCUAUUAUUGUGAAAGUGAUUUAUUUGAGUAGAACACACAAUACUGCCUAUGCAAAAAAUAGCAAUAAUUUUCAUGUGUGGAACUAAUUGAGCAAGAUUCUGAAAACAGAUGAUUAAAUUACAUAUUCUUGCUUAAGUGGCUUCCUUAUAUAUUUUCUGUCCAUGAGGAAACAUUGAAAAUGUAAGUCCAUUGAAUGAAGACAUUGAAAAUGCAACUGAGUGAGUAUUAAAUAUUCAUCAGGAGGUUCCAGAAAGCAUUUCAUCCAUUGGACAUUACAUUCACUGCCUUUGUUGAAGGAUGAAAUGAACACUGAACAACGUAAACAUAUUAGUGUUAUUAAAGUAUUGUACAUAAUGUGUAUAUUUGUAUAUAAUGUAAAAAGUACAGACUUUCAGUGUCAGAAAAUUAUGUUAGCAUUUACUAGUGUGUUUUAAAUUAAAAAAUUUUACAGCUUUUCCAGCAAGUUAUAAAAAUAAAAACUGCUCUUUGAUGCAGGUUAUUCUCUAUUGGAAUAUAAAAAUUUAAGAUUGAUCUUUCGGAAGUGUGAAACUCACAUCAAAAGUAAAACCCUAAGAUACACCUCAUUUUCACAAAUAUCCACAAUUCUUAAAAAAAAAUAUAUUUUUAAUGCUGAUGAAAAUUUCUAUUUAUCAAUCCUGUUCCCAUCAUGACCAAUCCUUCAAAACAAGAAAUUUACAAAAAAAAUGUAUUAUUGUUUAAAAGAUAAAAUAAAACAAAUUGCUUAAAUUUUUAUUAAUUAAUUAUAUGAAAACUAUCAUUGGCACACAUUAACAGGUACAUUACUGUCAUCAGUUAUUAAGUUCCCAAAUAUUUGGAAAUUUCAAACAUGUGAGGUGUAGGUCUUCCUGCAAAUGGUGAGUUCUUUUGGAAUUUAAAUAAAUUAUAUCAAAUAAAAAUGUGUAAGAAUAAUGCAAUCUAACACAUUAUAAAUAUAAUUUAAUAUCCUAUUAAGACAACAUAAUGUUCCAUAUUUUUUGUAAGUUGUUGCUUAGUACUCAUACCCUUAGACAAAAAUGGUUAAGAUAUUUAAUGUCUCAUUAAAUGAAUCCAUCAGAUUGGAGUUCUGGGCAACUGCAUUUAAGUUGGUCAGCUUUCCACAUAACAAUUUUUCAAUUAGAAGUAAACUGUGUUUGCUAAAAUAGAUUACUCUAAUUAUUGUAACAAUCUCCCAAGAACCAAUUUUGUUUCUUGAAACUUUGAAACAUUAAAGUCAAAGUUUUAAUUUGACCCUGGUUCUAGAGAAGAAAAAUAAAUGUUUGUAUUAUAAAAUGGAAUGCUGACCUGCCCAGUAUUCGGAAUAUAUAUUAUAUAUUUCUGUUGAAAAAUUAAACAAUUGAUGCAAAGAUGUAUUUUAUUAUAGUACAUUGUUGGCCUGUGUUAAACAUUAUAAACCUUUAUUGAUUAUAAAAUAAAAUGGAAGUAUUGUUUCUCUUGUCCUCUUAUACAAAGGGUUAAAUAUAAAUGUUCUAUGUUCAGAAGGUUUAUUUCUGUACUCAAAAUCUUAAAUAAACAACAUAUCAGUUAUAUCUUUGAUUAUUUUUUAUCUUGCUAAAGAGGAAAUGGAUUAAUUCUAUAAAAAAAACUACAUUUUUUUCACAAGAUCAUCUAGGAAUGUAUUUUCAAGUUGAUUUAUUGUUAUGGUGUAAUAAUAGUCACUGCACUCAACAUUUUCAGCUUUGUGUGCAUUUUAUUACAAAACUUGUUUAUCAAUUCAUAAAUACCUGCAUUGCAUGAAACAUUUGAACCAAAUAGUAUUUAUUUUUAACCAUCUGACGUGGUCC